UCUCCUGGCUUUCUCCAAUCUCCUCCGUUUGCCUUUCUCCUUUCACUCCCUUCCUUCCUCAAUCUGCGAUUUUGUUUUAACUCUCAUUUCCCCAACCCUAGUAGCCUCCGAGAUCCCAUAGCUUAGUUCAGUCGCUUGCUCUCCAUGACUCCCCCGCCCUCCAUUGUCGAAAUUAAUAGGAUUUUAGGAUCACUUGCAAAGACCAAACACUCCACCACUGCUAUCUCACUUUAUGCCCAGGCGGAAUUGAAAGGGUUCAAACCAUCUUUUGUUACACUGAACAUUUUGAUCAAUUGCUACUGUCAAGUGGGCGAUAUCACUUCUGCUUUCUCUUCAUCGGGGAAGAUUUUCAAGUGGGGUUAUCGACCAGAUACGGUAACAAUGAAUACGUUGAUGAAAGGACUCUGCAUGAAAGAUGUAGGGCAAGCACUGGAUUUCCACGAUGACUUGUUGACAAAAGGAUUUUGCUUAAGCUCGGUUACUUAUGGUAUCUUAGUUCAUGGGCUUUGCAAAACUGGACAAACAAGAUGUGCUGUUAAGUUGCUCCAAAUGAUGGGGAGACAGAGAAUUAAAAUUAAGCCGAACUUGGUUAUAUAUAACACAGUCAUUGAUGGCCUUUGUAAAGAAGGGCUAGUAAGUCAGGCAUCUGAAUUGUGUUCUCAAAUGAUCAGUCAAGGUAUAUCUCCUGAUAUUGUCACCUACACCACUUUAAUCUAUGGUUUCUCCAAUACCAACCAAUUGCAACAAGCUCUUAGGUUGCGAAAUGAAAUAGUCAUGAAAGACAUCACUCCUACUCAUCAUACCUUUAAUAUAAUAAUUGAUGUAUUUUGCAAAAGAGGAAAGAUCAUAGAAGCUGAAGCUGUAUUUGCUCAGAUGAUGAAGUGUUGUGUAAAACCUGAUGUUAUUACCUUUAAUUCUUUGAUGAAUGGCUAUUGUAUGAGUAAUGAUGUUAAUGAGUCCAUAGCAGUGUUCAAUAAGAUUAUCAAAGCUGAGUUGACACCUACUGUUGUGAGUUGCAAUAUAUUGAUUAAUGCAUAUUGUAAAUUAAAAAUGGUGGAUGAAGCCCUAGAUCUGUUUAAAGAAAUGCAUUGCAAAAAUUUGCAGCCUGAUAUAGUCACUUACAGCUCUCUUAUUGAUGGCUUGUGCAAAGCUAAGAGAAUAUCACAUGUGAAAGAUCUUGUUUAUGAGAUGCGUAAGUAUGGUCAGGCUCUUAAUAUAAUAACCUACAAUAUCUUGCUAGAUGCAUUUUGCAAAAUGAAACUUCUUGACGAGGCAAUUAUAUUGUAUCAACAAAUUGUCGAUCAAGGAAUGCAACCUACUGUUCAUACAUAUAGUAUGCUCAUCGAUGGUUUGUGCAAAGGUGGUAGGUUAAAUUUGGCACGUGGGAUCUUUGAAUUGCUUUUGACUGAAGGUCAUCAUGUAGAUGUCUAUAUUUACAGCAUUAUGAUGAAUGGACUAUGCAAAGAAAGCUUGUUCGGUGAAGCACUGACAUUGCUUUCAAGAAUGAAAGAGAAUGGCUGCCUCCCGAAUUUGGUGACAUUUACAACACUUGUUGGAGCUCUCCUGAUGAAGAAUGAGAAUGAUAAAGCAGAGCUGCUUAUUCAUGUAAUGAUAGACACUGGUCUACUAAAACCCUAAAACAUGGUUGAAUGCUCCAUUUUUAUCCUACUUGUAUUAAUCGUAAUAUUUCCCUAAAUUGGCUUGAAAAUGCUUGCUUCUUUUGAGUAAAAGCUAAUAAAUUAUUCAUCCUUUUACAA